ACUGGAGGUUGCUAAGAAAGUGUUCUUAAAAAAAAUAUCCCAAAAAAUAAAUCGAAAACAAAAAGAAUGAUAGUAACCGAUUCUAAAAAGAGAGUUUCUAGAAUUGGUAAAAACCCCUGACGUGUCCCUUUUUAAUUGGCUCCUCUUAUGUGUCUCUCUCUCUUUCCUCUUUCUCUCAAGUCGUCUCUUUCUCUCUUUCCUUUUUGUCUGGAAUUUAGGUUUCUUCAAAUUUGGGAAUCUGUCUCAGAGGAUCAUGAACGAAGCUACCUCUGCCUUCUCCUUCGUAUAUCAGUUUAAGAGAUUAUGAGGAACACCCUCUACAAAGCAUACCUUGAGGAUUUUUACAAGUUCUGUCAGAAACUUGAUGGGGCAACAUCAGAGACUAUGUCUGACCUUCUAGCCUUUGAAGCUGAUAGAAGAGCUGUGAACAUCACCAUCAAUAGCAUUGGCACUGAGCUUACAAGAGAAGACAGGAAGAAACUGUACUCUAACUUUGGUCUCCUCUAUCCAUAUGGUCACGAGGAGCUUGCUAUCUGCGAAGACAUAGAUCAGGCCUGUCACUGACUUCAACGAGAUUGUACACCACUUUACUGAGUGUAUGUAUGUCCACAUGUACAACACCAAGCCACAUGUAUUAGCCUAUCCUUCACCAUUAUUUCAAGCAUUGUUCCACAGCCUAAAACUUGUUAUAUACUAAACUCAAUUACUUUUUGUCAUUUUUAUUUCAAUAUUUUAUGUAUGUUUUUCUUUAAUAUUAUGAUAUCCAAUCUUUCAAACU